CUUUGGUAACUUGCGUAAACAAAUGGCGUCCAAGAUGAUCUGAGCAACGCUUGCUACAGCUCGUUUGUUUUGAAGCUACGUCUGUUCGAUGAGAUGGAUGACGAGCCUUUUUCUACAACGCUUGCAUACACGAAAAGUCCUAAAGCAUCCAGAAGAACAACUUUUCAGGAUGAGCUAAAGCAAGCUGUGUCUGCUAGAGGCAACAGGCAUAGUUACUCUGGUGACUUUGACGAUGGUGAUGAUGACGACAUACUUAAACUCCUUAAGAUACAAAAACAGAAGAAAGAGAGAUUUAAAGCUGCAAAGACAAAAGGCAAAAUCAACAAUUUCAAGCUUUCAGAUGAUGAAGAGGAAAAUGUCAAACCCAAAAAAGUAUCUUUUAUGAAAACAAAAAGGACCAGCUUGCCUGUGCACUUUGAUCAGCUGAACACCACAGGAAGUGCAGAUGACCAACCUAGUUCUUUCCAUUCCACCCAGUCCAGGAAUACUUCUCAAAGUCCAAGCAAUUCUUACACUCCAGAGAAAAACCAACAGUCAGAUUCCCCCUUUUCCUCUCUAUCUGACAAGUUUCAACCAGAAUCCACUUCACUCCAGAAGGAUGAACAGUCAAAAUCAGUAACGAAGUUGAGGAAGAGCCUGUCAGAAUCUCCACUGCCACUAAACUCUGAGAAUAGCCAAUGGGAAUCUUCCGUCCCUCUUACAUCAGAUGGCUCACAGUGGGACAGUCCAUUGCCAUUGCCUUCAGAAAAAAAUGAGGAUAACCAAAUGAUUGGUGAAGAUGGUGAACUACCCAUUCCUCAACCCAGGGAGAGAAGUGUUAAACCAAAACUCUCCACAGGUUGUCUUGCUCAAGACAUGUCACCCAGACCCAAACCCAGGCAGAGGACAGCAAAUAUGGGUGACAUUGGUCAGUUAGAAGAGGAAACACAAGCAGAGACCACUGCUUGCAGCAGAACAGCCACAUUUUCUAUGUCUAUAGACCUCUCCAACACAUUCUCUGCUGAGAAGAGUCAAAUCUCUACCAAUGAUAGUGUUCUGAGUCCAGAUGAAGACCAGGCCAUGUCAGAAAAGUCCACGACAUAGUCGUGUUCAACAGCAGAGCAGAUGUCUGAGGUUCCAGCCACUGUAGGCAGUGCUGCCUCAGAAGAGAGCAAAGAUAAAAAUUACUCAACAUCCUUUGAAGAAAAGCAUAGUUCCCAGGGUGAUCUUGACCACACGUCAGCUACACUAAGCCGAAUGUCUAGAAAAUCAACAGACAGACCUUCAAGCUCUCGGUCAUCCAGUUCCAGAAAAUCCAAGAGCUCCUAUACAGCAGAGUCUAAAUACUUGGGAACAUUGAAGGUUUUGGAUCAGAGGACACAGGAGACCCAAGAGGUUCCAGAAGCAGCAGAUUCACUAAGAGCUGCUGUGUACCAGGAAUGGCUAAAAAAGAAAGAAGAAACUUUAAAAAUAACAAGGAAGGCUAAAAAGCAGGAAGAGAAAUUAAAAGAGGAGAAGAUGCUAGAGGAAAAGUUUGCUAAAAUUUCAGAUGCAAAGGCCUCUUAUGAUGCCUGGAAAGAGAAAAAAAGUGAAGUCAUCAAAAAGAAAGUAAAAGAAAACCAGGAGGCAAUCAAGCAACAACAAAUGGAAAUGGAUAAAAAGCAAGAAAAAAAGGAAACCGCAAAACAGGUUUUUGAGAAGUGGAAAGAGGAGCAUGACAGUAUCCUUAAUGACAGAGUAAGGCAAAAGAAACCGACUGAGAGAAGACAGAAACUACAGCAGGUCAAAGAAAAAGAAGAGAGGAAGAUCGACUCCAUCUCUGCAUUCGCUCAAUGGAGUGACCAAAAGAAGGAUGUUAUUGAAGAGAAGAGAAGGGCAGAACGCAGGAAGGAGAAGAUAAAGGAAGUGGAGGAGAAAUAUGAAAAGGAGAAAAAAGAAAAAUUGGCCUUGGAGAUGUAUGAGAAAUGGCUGAAAAGAAAAGAGUUUCAACAAAAAAGAGAGAGAAAAGAAAAGAGGAUACAGGCUAUUCUUCAGGAUGAGCCCCCUCCACCCUGGAGCCCACCUAAUAAAACUAUCCCAUUUGGAAAAUGA